CCACACUUUGGUGAUUCUAUUCAAAGAAAGGGGGGGAAAUGUCUAUUGUGAGAGAAGAAAUGAAAGGAAAAGCAGAAGUAUACCAUGGAGAUGAGUUAUGUCAAGAGAAAUCCAAACAAAUACUGAAAGAGGUAGGGCUUCCAAAUGGGCUUUUACCAUUGAAAGACAUAGAAGAAUGUGGGAUAUUGAGAGAAACAGGGUUUGUUUGGAUAAAGCAAAAGAAAAGCACAACUCAUAAGUUUGAGAAGAUUGGGAAGCUUGUUUCUUAUGCAAAUGAAGUGACAGCCAUUGUAGAGAAGAACAAAAUCAAGAAACUUACUGGAGUUAAGACUAAGGAGCUUUUGGUUUGGGUUUCAUUAAGUGAUAUUUAUGUUGAUGAACCACCUAGUGGGAAAAUUUCUUUCCAAACACCAACAGGGCUAUUUAGAACUUUUCCUGUCUCAGCUUUUCAAGUUCAAGACCAUGUCAAGGAGGUUUAGAUCAACUAAUCUAAUUUAUCAUCUCCUCUUUUUUUUUCAUGCUGUCUCUUCUCUCUCACUUUCAUGCAUAAAUGGAUGGUGCCAAUAUGAAAUAAAAAAAAAUGUUACGGUUUGUUUGGAAAGGAAUUCAAAUCUUGUUUUAUGUUCUUCAGAUUCCUUGUUUAGCAAAUAUGAAUAUGGUAGACUGUCUGGAUUAUGUAA